GCGUUUUAUUGCAGUUCAGUGACAGAGGAACGAGUGAAACUUUUAGCUUGACUUCAGUUGUUUUGAAUAAAUGCAAUGAUUAUGUCUCUUAUCCUUGACAGUAUUUCUAGACACCAAAGAGCCAUCUAGGUCAUCAGUGUUUAUUUGCAAGUUAAAAACAAGGAUAUGAGGUUAUCCAAGUUUAUCUACCUUACAUAUACUAAGAAUAGCAGUAAGACAAGGCACUGAAACAGAUAGGAAUAGCCUUCAGAACCACACAGGCAGUUGUGAGAGGAUCACAGACAUGUCUGUUUUACAGUGUGUUAGAAAUGUGUCUUUGGGUAGAAGGACUAUUCUAUCCAAGGGCAGCUGUUCCCUGUUUGGGGGGCAGGACAGAACUCAGGCGGUGUUGGGGGGAGGAAAUUGGAGAUGUUACUCACAGGAAACAGAACAAGCAUCCACAAAAGUGCCCUCUAGUGCCAAGGUGGUGGUCUGUGGAGGGGGCGUGGUUGGAACAUCAGUUGCAUAUCACCUGGCCAAGGCAGGAUGGACAGAUGUAGUGCUACUGGAGCAGGGGCAGUUGACAGGAGGGACCACAUGGCAUGCAGCAGGGCUGAUUUCUCAAGCCAGAGAUGACCUACCAACCUCAAAACUAAUGCAAUAUGGCAGAAAGUUGUACCAGCAGCUGGAGGCAGAGGGACACAAUCUCUUCUUUAAGAAGUGUGGUAGUUUGAUGUUGGCACAAACUAAAGACAGACUGAUUUAUCUCCAGCGGAAAAACCAGGUCGCCAUUGCUGCUGGUAACGAAAGUCACAUCAUAACACCACGAGAGGCCAAGGAAAUUUGUCCUUUGAUCAGAAUUGAUGAUUUAGAGGGAGCUUUGUGGAUACCAGAAGAUGGAGCUCUCACUGCACCAGAUGUAGCCUUGACUUUUGCUUCCAUGGCUAAGACAUUGGGUGUGAAGGUGUUUGAAAGAGUGUCUGUUGAAAAUGUGGUCGCCAAGAGGAGAGUUGUCUCCCAUGUAGAAACUUCUGCUGGAAAAAUUGAAUGUGAAUAUUUUGUUAACUGUGCAGGAAUGUGGGCCCAUAGUCUUGGAAAGAUAUCCAAACCACAAGUCAGGGUCCCUCUUCAUCCUUGUGAGCACUUCUACAUCACAACCAAAGCUAUAGAAGGCAUUGAUCCUAUGAUGCCAGUGGUAAGGGAUUAUGAUGGCCUGACUUACUUUAGGGAAUGGGGAGGAGGCAUUUUAGCUGGAGGAUUUGAGCCCAAGGCUAAGCCAGCAUUUUUGCAGGGCAUUCCUAAAGACUUCCAGUUUGGUUUACUUCCUGAUGACUGGGAUCAUUUCCAGGUAUUAUUGGAACCCAUCCUCAACAGAAUGCCAGUGAUGGAAACCGCCAACAUCCACAAGAUGUUCAAUGGUCCAGAGAGCUUCACGCCAGAUGGGCAUUGGAACCUUGGGGCAGCUAGUGAGAUCAGAAAUUAUUAUGUAGCGGCCGGGAUGACUUCCAUGGGUAUAGCAGGCUGUGCCGGUAUAGGGAAGUACCUGACUGAGUGGAUUAUCGAUGGAAUGCCAAGCAUUGACCUGUCCUGCCAUGAUAUCCUCAGACAUGUUCCUCAUCACAAUAACUCCAAGUUUCUGGCAGAACGGGUUAAAGAAACUCUGGGUAUGUACACUCUGAGAUACCCAAAUGAGCAGCGCUAUAGAGGUAGAAAACUAAGAACUUCUCCACUACACACACGGCUAGAGGUUCAAGGAGCCUGCUUUGGAGAAACCAAUGCUUAUGAAAGACCAAUGUGGUUUGGAAAUUCAAAUGAUGAUUACUUACACGACCAGUACAACAUAGAAAAAGGAAAAGGCACGUUUGGAAAGCCAUCUUUUUUUGACAAUGUGAAGGAAGAGUACUGGGCGUGCAAGGAACACGUUUGUUUGAUUGACAUGUCAUCCUUCACUAAAACGGAGGUCAGGUCUAAGGGACCCGAGGCACUAGAAUUUUUGCAAUACUUGAGCUCAAAUGACAUUGAACAACCUAUUGGUUCGAUUAUCCACACUGGUAUGCAAAACAAGUUUGGAGGAUAUGAAAACGACUGUACCAUUGUCCCUAUGGAGAACAACACGUUCUUUAUGAUCUCGCCAACAUCACAGCAGACAAGAUCCCUGAAUUGGUUGCUGAAACAUCGACCACUAGAUGGCUCUGUAGAGAUACGUGAUGUCACCUCCGCCUAUGCAGGAAUCAAUGUGAUUGGUCCUCAUGCUCCUCAACUGCUGAAUGAUGUAUCAGGGGUGAAAACUUCUCGACAGGAAUUCAAACAGAUGACCUGUAAGGUGAUAGAUGUUGGUUUUGCCAGCAACAUCAUUGCCAUGAGACUUACUCAUUCUGGAGAAGAUGGUUUUGUUCUCUAUGUUCCAUCAGAGUAUGGCUUGCAUGUAUAUGAGACACUGGUGAAGGCUGGGAAGGAUUAUGGGAUACGUGAUGCUGGCUACUACGCACUCCGUGAAUUACGUAUUGAAAAGUUUUAUGCAUUUUGGGGUUCUGACCUCACCACUCAUACCACCCCAUUGGAAAGUGGCAGAGAUUUCAGAGUCAAUUUUGAGAAAGGGGAUUUCAUAGGCAAGGAUGCCCUACUGAAGCAGAGAGAAAAUGGGAUCAGUCAGAGAUUUGCUCAAUUUUUCUUGAAUGACUUUGACUAUGAAACGGAUGUAUGGCCUUGGGGUGGAGAACCAAUAUAUCGCGAUGGUAAAUACUGUGGAACCAUCACCUCCACAGGUUAUGCUCAUACACUGGAGUGCAUGACGUGUCUUGGCUUUGUCAUAGACUAUGACAGUGAAGGGAAUCGGGUGUUACACAAAGACAUGCAAGAUUUUAUCCUUGACAAGUCAGCAAAAUAUGAAAUAGCCAUUGCAGGGAAAAAAUUUCCUGCAGAGGUUAAUCUAUACACCAAGCACAAGGUUUAUCAGCAUGGAGAACCAGUCUUUAUUCCUGCACCAAAACGAUGAACAUUUACCAGAAAUCCUUAUUGCGCAAUAAAGCAAUUUCUGAUAAAUAUAAAGUGAUUGUGAUACCUCAAGUUAUUUCUAAAUUUCUAAGGACAUCUAUUUGCUGAGUAAUGUUUGUGAUACAAAUAAUUCCAUUAUGUAUGUGAGCACUUGUGGUUGUGAAAGUUUUUGAUAUACUGCUUGAACUGCAGAGGUGUAAAACAUGUAAUGUAGACUGAAAUAUGUAUUGAUUCAAGAUAUAUUUGUACGAAAGUUCUGCCAUAGUUUAUAUACAUGUAUGUUGAACAUAGUUCAUCCCUCCCCCCCAAAUGUAACAAUGAUUAAUAAAAUCAGUGGAUUAAUA